AUGGACAGGGCAACCGAGCUGACAGAUGCAUUUGUCGAGGUCAAGUUUGCAGAUUACGAAGAAUACCGGACGCAAAUUUACCGACGAAGUCUUAAUCCCAUCUGGAACGAGGAUUUCCGUUUUGAAGUCAGCAACGACGCAGACCUUCAAAACGAACCCCUAGAACUCAAAGUCAUGGACUAUGAUCAAAUCACAUACAAUGAUUCGAUUGGAACAGUUUUUAUUGAUUUGAAUCCGCUUUUGACGUGGGAUUCUAUGGCGCAGAUUUCAGGCUGGAUACCCAUAUUUGAUACUCUGCGGGGAGCGAGGGGUGAAUUGAAUGUCCAGGUUCGCUUGCAAUUCUUUGGAGAUGUGAACCCUUUUAAAGAUAGUUCGGCGGGUGUGCAAUUCUAUACCAUGACAUCUCUACCACCCAAUGUCAACGUGGUGGCUGUUCUCGGAUUCGUUUCCGCGCUAGACAAUGAAGAUGAUCCGGAAUAUCACUGGAGCGAUAAUUUCCGUACUCCCCGUACAUCAAACGAGUCGCGCACACGCGUCAUGUACCGCCUCAGCGGACAAUUACGUCGACAGCUUGGCAAAAAAGUGCUCGAACUCAACGGUAAUGCCGUCGUUGGGUUUAAACAGUGUUUUGAUAUAGAGAGCGAGGAGAGAGCCAUUACCGCUCGAGCGAUUGGAACCGCUGUUCGCCUCUCCGUGCCAGAUCAAGUAUCUCUCGACCGAGGACAGUCAUGGUCAUCCAUGCAAACUCCAGGUGCCUCCCCUUUGAAUACCCCCUUUUCUGAACACCUUCCGUCCGUCUCCCCCCUCGCAUCUGGAAUGGCCACAACAGCCAAAGCGACACUGACACCUGAAGAGCUCUCUGAGAACGGAUCCUCGUUUCUCGAAGAACAACCCUCUGCUCUCCUUGUCGCCUCGGCAGCAACGGGAUACAAAUCCGCCGAACACAUGACACUUACCCUCCAUAAUUUUCCCACUGGCGCCAUCCUGGGCAUUGGUGGCCUCAUAUCCGCCACAUCCGUCAAAGUGAUUGAAAACGACUCCAAGGACAUACGCGAGGCCUGGUGGACAGAGCUUCGCGAUGAAAUAAAAUCCCAUGCGCGGGCGCUGGGGUGUCCUUUUGUCAUUGGGUACAGCGAAAACACGUCCAUCAGUGAUGAAUUGGCUGUAUUGCAUUGUAGUGGUACUGCAGCUAUAUUGGAUCUGUCGGUUAUGAAUUCCUUUUCCGGUACUGCUCAUUCUUCAAGGAUGAAUUCGGUAACUGGAUGGGAGCCAAGAGGGGAUGAGGCAGUGGGAUCGGUUACGCAAAGUGCACCUGUCCAUAGGACGUCCAUUAGUGGGAGCGAAUAUCGUGAGAGCUUUUUAGAAGCUUUUGCGAGACGGAAGCGGAAGCGCAAACGUGCCAAAGGCUGUCAAGCCUGUCAUAUAACCUACAGACGCGAAGAAUCACCCUUUCCCAUGUCGUAUGCGAAAUGUGGUGUAUGUAAAAAGAAACAUGUUCCAGAAGUCUUGUUGACGACAAUUGAACCGCCUUCUGAAUUGGAUACGGUUGGGAACGGAAUUUUGUUGGAAGCGCAUGUCUGCCGGUACCGCAAAACCCACGGAGACUCCCGUCCUUCUGUCGUUAGUGAAUCCAUUCCGUUCGCGCAGUACGACAUUCACCGACAAUUAAUGUACAAACUCCGGAUAUAUGGCCUCAACGCUGUCUUUGGAUUGAAAAUCCAGUAUAGUGUGGGCGAGUCGCUCAUGACGGCCGUUGCGACGGGUACGGCGGUCUUUGUUCGCGCCUUGCCACCCCCGCCUGCCAUGAAAGUCUUUCGAAAUUUGGACGUUGUAGACGAAGAGGACAAAAAACUUUUGGAGAUUCAACGAAAAAUCAUGUUGCGAAGCGAAAGCAAUCGCAAGAUGAUUGAACAGGCUUUAUCGCAGUUGGAUUUGAAUGAUGAUUGUGGUGCACAACAAGCUGGCGAGUCGGACCAAGUUGCAAAAAGCGAGACGGAUUCCGGAAGCGAGUCGGACAGCGAUUCAGAGGAUGAGCAGGAAUUUCGACGACAUCGUAGCGUCGUGGUUCAAAUCGACGAUGAACAAGAUGAAGAUUUGGUGUUGAUGCAGGACCCGAGUUUCCCAGACGAUUUCCAAAUGUGUAAUACCGGCGUGGCACCUAAGUCCGAUACCCUCUUUCAACCUCACAACCUCUACCACAUUCAAAUGGUGUCCAUUGUCAAACACGCUGCCAUUAGUGUGGUGUCUCACCACCCUAAUCGUCAACUAGCUGAUAUUUUCAAAAACCUUUACCAGGAACUGGUCUUCCAAUUGGCCUAUUUCAAACCUUGCAUUGUCGGAGGUUUAAAUUACGAUGUCCAGCUCAUCAAGGACAAUGAGAUCCAGAUUGCGCUGACAGGGAUUGCGCUUGGGCAGAUUGUUCAGCAAGGUGACCCCGUCGAUGUCCAGGCAUCGAACGAGAGCUUUGCAUUGGGUGAUUCGCUUAAAAAAGUCCCUGGACCUGCUCGGGCGCCGACCAAGGUCUCUCUCGUCUCUCAGUCCUCGACGCAUUCCCUCGAGGACGGUAUGGUGUUUUCUCUUGAAGACGACCAGGAGACCGAUACGGAUCCGAACCGCCCCUCUUCCCACACAUCACACAGCACACCCCCCUCCGUGAAUGACCCUCCCACCCGUCCAAGCACACCUACCGCCCUCCACCUCUCGCUUACCCUUACCGACAACCCUUUUAUUGACAUUACACCCCUAUGGUACAUUCCCAACACCCGCCUCACUCGCUUUCUAGGCCGCAUCUCCCUCCAUUUCGUAAAAGAAGCCGCCAUGGUCUUUGAACUCGGGACGGGCAAUACAGGCAUGGGAGGCUUCACACACACCUUCCUAGUGGAAAUGUACGCCAUUUGCCGGGCCCAUGCGUUUGCACUUGGUGGUAACGCUCUUGUUGCAUUUCGUAUGGAUCAGAUUGUUUUUGAGGAGAGUUUAAAGAAUCAGGCUUAUGCUCUUGUUUCUGUUGGGGGGGAUGUGGUUGAGGUUGAGAGUUGGCGGGGACGGGUUGGAGGUUUGGUGUCGGUUUUGGGAUAG